AUGAGCGAAAAUCAAGUGAUUGCGUUGAGAAAUGCGUUGGAAACGUAUCUGGGCGGUGAAAAGCUGAAAGUCGCUGAAAAAGAUGUGGGUUUUCUCCAAAAGUUUCAUUGAAAAUCGAGUUUUUUGCAGAAAAACGUUGCAAUCAUCCAGGAAACUCAUCGAACUACGAUUUACAAGAUCAAAAAUGAGAUGUUUGAUGAGAUUUUGGACCUGGCCACGCUUUCCAAAUAUAUUUUCAAGGCUGCUUACCAGGAGAUUUGUGAAAUUGUGCUGAAACUUGAGAAAAAAGCGAUUAAAGGAUCAACAAGCGAAACAAGGAUCAAAAAUGGAUUGUACAAUGUGUCGAUUGAGCAUUUGAAAAUUUGCAGUGAAAAUGGUAAGCGACGCGGUUCAGCGUUGCGUUUUUUGUCAAAAAAAAAACAUAGCGCGUGACCUAUUUUUUUCAAAUUUUCCAACCAAAAAAAUCAUUUUUGCAGAAAUCGAUAAUAAUCAAGUGCCGUGGGUGGUGUAUAUUUUGCAACUUUUGAAAAAACCCUACAUUUUAUCAAAUAUUCAUAUGGAAAAUGAGAUAAGCUAUUGUUUGUAUAGUUGUGCGGCAAAUUCGCAAUUGUAUUGGGUUCAACACGCACUUUUGCGAAGUGAGGAGGGUUUUUAGGGGGGUCGUGGCCGAAGUUUCAGCCAGGGAUUUCUAGGCCACCUCUUGGCUUUUCUCAUUUUCCACCAAAAAUACCGAUUUUUCUUCAGAUUUAUGGUCCACAAUUUGGCGUCGAAUCCAAAAUCCCGAAUUGGACCCUACAGUACUCGGAAACUACACAAAAACCAUCAUCGAAUUGCUGGAAAAUGUGAAAUUGGAUGUUUUUGAGCUCACUGGCUAUGGUUUGGCGAAAUUGGCGAUUUCGUCGCUGAAAAAAUCGAUUGAUGGAAGGACGGAGAGAAAUUUGUGGGUAUUUUGAGAAUUGUUGAAUUGUGGGAGGAAGAGUACUGUAUGCACCUUUAAAAUCUCAAAAAUUUGAUAUUUUUAUCCAAAAUUUAUCGAUUUUUAAAGGUAUAUACAGUAUUUUCAGCAAAAAGUAUUGAUUUCUGAGUUCUGAAGGCUCAAAAAAUCAGUAUGAACCUUUAAGACCCCGAUAAUCGAUAUUUUAGUGCUAGAUUACUGUAUGCACCUUUAAACUCUUGAAAAUAACGUAUUUGAAAUAAAAGUGUACGAUAAGAGCCUUCAAAAACCGUAGAAAUCAAAUUUUUAUGUUAAAACUACGGUAUGCGCCUUUAAAAAUCGGUUCUUACUGUAGAAAAAAACUUUAAUAUUAUCGAAAAUCUCAUCGGUACCACGCGCUCCACCGAAAUAAACACGCAACGCAGACCGCGUCGCGCCACAAUACACACAAAUAAGGGAACGAUUCAAAUUCCCUCCCUUUUGUGUGUGUUGUGGCGCGGCGCGGUCUGCGUUGCGUGUUUAUUUCGGUGGAGUGCGUGGUAGCGAUGAGAUUUUCGAAUACUGUAUGUGCCUUUGAAAUUCGCUUUAUUACUGUGUGCACCUUUAAAUUCCAUUUUUCUUGCAGCUGGACAACUUCUCGAAAAUCGGCCUACAUUCAAAUUCUGUCGACACUCCUCAAAACCCAUGCUCUUCACUCGCUCGAUUUUCUGCUCUUCGAAUUGCCCGCCAAAAAUUUGGCCGAACAUUUCGUCAGCCAACUAUCGAUUUUCGAACACUCACCAACACUUCAAUUUUUCGACGAUUUCUUCCGCUGCUUCCAAUUGCUACCCGCUGAAAAAUGCCGAGAAAAUGGGCGGAAAAUGAAGAAUUUGGCGGCGGAAUGCGCCGCGUUUAUGCUCGCCGGAGCGGAAAACGCGCUCACGAUACGCGGAGAACCGCCGGAAAAGUGUUGUGAAUUUUUGGCACGUGUGCUAGUUGUUGGAGAAUGUUGGGACGAGAUUGAGGUGGGUUAUUGGGUUAUUAUGACGUGGCAAAUUUUGGAAUUUUUUUGACACCAAAUUGAUUUUUUGGUGACAAAAUCUUGGCAAAAUUCAAGAUUUUUCAUUAAAAUUUGACGUUAAAAAUUGGUUUUACACGUGACACGUGGAAUAUUUUUUUUUGUCAUUUUUACAAUUUUUAAGUUCCAACAAAAAUGUGAGCCGAAUUCUCAGAAAACUAGGUAAAUUUUUGAAAUUCGGGGUUUUUGGCGGCAAAAAUUGGGUUCUACAGUAAAUCUAGGAUCAGGCUUAUUUAGGCUUAGAUAAUCUGGAUUUUUGACACUAAAUAAGCCUAAGCCUAGAUUCAGGGCCUAAAUUUAGGUCUAGACUUAUUUAGGCUUAGAUAAUCUGGAUUUUUUGACACUAAAUAAGCCUAAGCCUAGAUUCAGGGCCUAAAUUUAGGUCUAGACUUAUUUAGGCUUAGAUAAUCUGGAUUUUUUGACACUAAAUAAGCCUAAGCCUAGAUUCAGGGCCUAAAUUUAGGUCUAGGCUUAUUUGGACUCGAAAUAUCUGGAUUUUUCAUCUGUAACUUAGUUUUAAGCCAAAGUUCUAGCAUAGGCUAGUUUGGGCUCAAAAAAGGUGGAUUUUCGGCCUGAAACAUAGGCUUAGGGUUAAAUCUAGGCCCAGGCUUAUUUGGUCUUAGAAUAUCUGGAUUUUUGGCCUGAAACACGGGCUAAGAGAUAAAUUCAGGCCUAGGCUUAGGCCUAGGCCUAUUCGGACUCAAAAAAGGUGGAUUUUCAACCUGACAUUUGGGCCCAGACUUAUUCUAACUCAAAAAUCUCCAAUUUUUCCAGAAGCUCCGCCAAACUUGCACCCAACGAAGUCUCUCACUUCGAAUUCUCACCCAAAUCCUCAAAUCCCGCCCCUCCGCCCUCAAAAAUCGUCAAAAUCUGUUGGAUGAAGUGUGGAAGAAUCGUGAACAAUUCCAAAGUGAUGCAAUGCGUUGUGCCAUGUGUCAACUAUUUUCCGCCAAUUUUCCCGCGUUCAAAAAUUUUGGUGGCGCCGCCGCAAAAAUCGCCUCCGUCCUCAAAUACGCUCUAUCGCUAAUCACAAAUCAAUCAACACUUGCGGACGCCGCAAAUCUUGUCGAGACCAUUUUCCGCUACAGUACGCCGCGGAACCACGUGGCCGUUCCGCGUGAUCUUCUUCCGCGUGUCAUUGACACGUUGAUGACACGUGGCUCACCGAAUUCGCCGCCUAUUCAAAAAGCCGUCUCCGCCUUCUUGGCACACGUGGAUUUUGAGGAGAAUUGGCAUUUGGCCAGCUUUUUUGAGAUGAGAGAUGAAGAGGAGGAAGAGACGCAGAGAAAACGAGAGAGAUGGAGGUAUUGUUGAUCUACAGUACUCCUUAAAAACAUUUUUUAAAAAAAUUUCCAGAUUCCGAAAAUCGAUAAUUGAUUGGCUUCUGACUUCGACCAACUCGCUGACACCAAAAAUUUUGCGUCAAAUCUGCAAAUUUCAGCCACAAAUGUGCAAUUUCGACGAAUUUCAGCCGUGCCACGUGGAUCCGCUGAAAAUCCAGAUGCAAAAUCUGAAAUUGCUCAAAAUUCCGGAGCCCGAAGAGCAUCUUGAAGACGGAAAAAUGAUUGAAGAACUUGUCGCAUCAUUGCCACGUGGCAUUUUGCUGGAAACGACUGAAAAUGAGAAUUUUGAAGAGGUUUUGAAGAUGCCGAUUGCCGAAUUGGAGAAAUUAAAAAUGUCGGAGAAAUUUUCGCGGAAAAUUUUGGAGAAAUGCAUUUUUGAAAAUGAGGAUGAUGUUUAUGACGUGGCGUUGAGAUUUGAGAAAUUUGCGAUGGUUUUGACGCAAGAUGCGUUGCGAGAAGCGAAAGAGAAGAUUUUGUAGGUUUUUGGCGGAGUUCAAUAGAGCGCACUUGCUUCUUCGAACUGAAAAAUUUGGAAUUUUUCCAUGAAACUUUGAAAAUCGCUCAUAAAAUCGAUAGUUCAGUAGAGCGCACUUGCAUUUUUACACUGGAAAUUUGAAAUUUUCCAACAAAAAACCAUCAGUUCAAUAGAGCGCACUUGACCUAUUUUCUAUUUGAAUUUCGAAUUUUCCCAUAAAAAUAACAGUUUGCAUUAGAGCGAACUUGCAUAUUUCAACCGAAAAAUUCACUUUUUCACUAUUUUCAGUGGAGCGCACUUGCUUUUUCCUCAGCUAAAAAUUCGAAAUUUUCUUCCAGCCGUCUAACAUCGGAUGUUCUGUCAACAAAAUCAUCAAUCGAAGAAUCGGACGCAUUCCUGAUUCAAACAAUCACCCUAAACACUUGUCUGAAAUUCCAGAAAAAUGUGAAAUUUUCUGGAAAUCUUCCGCUCGACCCAUAUUUUGUCGCCGAAUUUCCGGAAAAUGUCGAUUUUUCGCGCGAAACAUCGCUCAAAUACCUGCGAAAAUUGCGAAAUUCACCAUGGUUUGCGCAGAAUAUUGUGAGGAAUCUCGUGGAAAAUGAGCCGAGAUAUCGUGGAUUUUUAGCACCAAUUUUGAGCCACGUUUUGGCUCCAAAAAAUGAGAAUUUGCUGAUGGUUUGUGUGGCGAAAAUUGCGAAUUUUCGAGAAGUUUUGCGAUUUUUUUCAAGUGAAUUUCGACACGAAACAGAUGCGAAAAUUGCCGUUUUUGAAAUUUGAAAAUGAGGAAAAAUUGAAAAAAUGUCAAAAUUAUUUGAAGUUGCCGAAAAACGUGGAACUCGAUGUGGAAGAUUAUCGAUUAUUGAUGGGAACUUGUAAAUUGUCGCGAAUCGCUUUUCAGUUUUGGCGAAUUUUCCGAGCGAAUCCCGGAGAGAUUUUGGAGGUUUUGGUGGAGUUUGUGAGUUUUUUGGGGGCUGAAAAUCGGAAAAUUUUGACUGAAAAUUCAGAUUUUUUGUGAAUUUUUAGCCUAGAAAAAUUCACUGUUUCAAAAUUUUGGUAUAAAAAUUUUUUUGAAUUUUUUGGUCCAAAAAUGCCAUAAGAAAAAAACUAAACACUCUGAUUUGAAAAUUUUAAAAAUUCUUAGCCUAAUAAAUUUGAGAAUUUCCAGUUUUCUCUCUGAAAAACUGAAAAUUUUGACUGAAAAUUUGGAUUUUUCAUGAAUUUUUGAUCUAAAAAAAUGUACUAUUUCAAAAUUUUUCUAUUAAAAAAAUUGGAAUUUUUUUUGAUACACCAAGUUUUGAAAAAUCUGAUACUAUCGAAUUUUUGCUGAAAAUCUACAAAUUUUGACUGAAAAUUUGGAUUCUUCGUGAAUUUUCAGCCUAGAAAAUUGAUUUUUACUUACAAAAUUCAAUUUAUUUUUUUCCCGAAAAUUUACUGUUUCAAAAUUUUGGGAUAAAUAAAAAGUGGAUUUUUUUCGUUCCAGCUGAAUAAUUUUAUUAAAAUUAUGAAUUUUAGGCGUUUUUUAUCUGAAAAUCUGAAAAUGUACAAAUUUUUACUGAAAAUUUGGAAUCUUCGUGAAUUUUCAGCCAUUUUUUGGCCCAAGUCUGAAAAUUUCAUCGAUUUUGUUGCAGGUUGAUUCCUGUGAGCGCCUAGGCUUCCAUCAACGCCUCAAAACCGUGCUCGAAACAAUUUGGAGCUCGGAAUUUGCUCAAAAAUCGUCACAAAUCGUCAAAUUUGUCAUGGUUCGAAUUUUGUCGCGAAAUCCUGGUGAAAAUUCAAAUUCGGCGUCAAAAUUAGUAGAGAAUUUUGUGAAAAAUGGGCUUGAUGAAAGAUUGAUGGAAAAUUUGGAGAUAUUUGCCGAUCCACGAUUUUAUGCGGAAUUGCACCGAUUUUUGAGGGAAGAAAAAGGAAAUUGUGAGUUUUUGGGCCCAAAUUUGGGUCCUCAGGCACGAAAAUCCACGUUUUUUGACACCGAAUAAGCCUAGGAGUACUGUAGAGGCCCUAAGCCUAUUUUAUAUCAAAAAAUCUGGAUUUUUCAGCCCAUUUUCUUUCAGCUCAACCCGAAAACCAGAAAAUUUUCGAGAUUUUAUCCCAAAUCUGGAGAUAUUUACCCGAACUUCGCUCCGCCAUCCAACCAAUUGUUGCUCAAUUUUUCGCGCACAAAAAUUUCCCGCAACCAGCCACGCGUUUCGACGCGGAAAACCUCGCGGAAACGCUCCGCUUCAAACUCGCUCUACGGAUAAUGUCACGUGGCAAUGGCGCGAAACUACGAAAAUUUGAAUUGACCACAAUGUGUGUGAUGUUUUUGGAGGAUUGGAAAGAGUUGGCAUAUUUUCAAGUGACUUGCGGCGAACUUGGGAAAACAUGGAGCAUUUGGGAAAUUGUGUAGAGAAAUUGGAGGCGAAUUGAAAGAUGAGAAAAUGAGGAUUUUGGCAAGGAUUGGACAGGUUUUUGUGAGUCUUUUGGGCCUGAAAAUCUGGAAAUUUUGACUGAAAAUUCGGAAUUUUCGUGAAUUUUUAGUCUAGAAAAAUUUACUGUUUCAAAAUUUUGAUAUAAAAAUUUGUUGGUUUUUUGCUUUGAUUUUGAUUGGUAAGAAUCUAAAAGAAUUUCGAAUUUCAGACAAUUUUUAGCUGAAAUUCUGAAAAUUUUGACUGAAAAUUUGGAAUUUUCUUGAAUUUUUAGUCUAGAAAAAUGUACUGUUUCAAAAUUUUGAUAUUAAAAAAGAUUUUUUGAAUUUUUUCGGUGCCAUUUCUGUUAUAACCAAUAAAAAAUUAUGAAUUUCAGGCAAUUUUUAAGAUAUUUUCUAUUUUUUUCACUGAAAAUUCAGAAUUUUCACGAAUUUUUGUUCUAGAAAUCAAUAAUUUCCUCAAUUUUCCAGCCCGAAAUCGCAAUGAUGACAAUUCCUCAAUUACUUCAUUCACAUCUAUCCGAUCAUCCAAAUUCGCGAGAAUCCCUCGUCGCUCGAUUCCUAAAAAUCGCGCGAUUCUGCGACAAAUCAAAUCGUGAUUGUGUUGAAUGCCUCGCUGAAUGUGUUGAUUCAAUUGGUCUUGAUGUUUUUGCUGGAUUUGAAGAUCUAGAAGAAGAUCGAGCUGGAAUUGAGAUCUUCCGAUUCUUCGAACUCGCUAUGGUUUUUUUGAAAUAUCGAUUUUUGGAUCACUCAUUUUUCAUAGCGAAUUUGAUUUUUGAUCGAAUCUCCUAUAAAAAUCGCAAUCUUAUGAUGAUUCAACGAAUUUCGAUUGCUGACUUCAAAUCUGAAAAUGCUGAAAAACUUCUGGAAUUGCUCAGGAAUAUUUAUUGUGCUGAAAACAACGCGAUUUCGCUGGCAACUUUGCCCAGCGAUGAAUCGUGGGAGACUCGCAAAAUCGCGUUGGCAUCUGCCAAUUUUUCGCUGAAAAAACUGAAGAUUUUCAGCGAAUCUGAGCGAAAAUCGCGCGAUUCGACGAUUUGCGAAUGGAUGUGUGGAAUGCGCGAAACCGCGGCGAAUUCUGAGUCGCAGAAAUAUUUGGCGGCGAUUUUGCGCGCGAAUUUUGAGAAUGAAUGCUAUCCGAAACAUGUGGAUUGUGUGGAAAAGGAGAUUUAUAGGAUUUUGUAUCAUCUGGAGGGCCCUAGGCCCGGCCCGAGCCCCCUAAGCCUAGAUUUUGAAGAAUUCCGGUUGGUCCAAGUGGCCCUUGGCCUUUUUCCACCACAAAAUAUUUUGGAACAUGUGAUUGCGACGAUUCGAAAAAUUCGCGAGAAAUGUGGCGAAAAUGGCGAAAUCCUGCGAGUCGCGAAAAUGUUGGCCGAAUUGGAGGCUUUUGAUGCGGCACUUAUGAUUUUGGACAAAUGGAAGGAACAAUGUGUCGAGGUGGGGGAUUUUUUUGGAGACCUUGGGCUGAAAAUCUGAAAUUUUCGACUGAAAAUUUGGAUUUCUCAUGAAUUUUUUAUCCAGAAAAUUGAAAAUUUCUAAUUUUUUAGCUGAAAAUCUACAAAUUUUGA